UUUUAGAAGCUCCCCCUUGAUUUGAGUGAUUUGAGUUUCAUCCCUUGUUCUUGCUUGAAAGCCUCCUCUUUGGACAUUAAUUUUGAUAUUGCUCCUUGUGAUUUCAUAAGAAGCACACAAUGUGCUUUUUGCCAUUUUAUAUUAAGGAGCUAUCUUCUCUUAGCCUCUCCUUUGUCUUAGGUGUCACUUUAUUCUUUUUCUUGACUAAUUUUGAACAUUUUCUUUUGUAGUAUCCAUUUUUCCUACACUCAAAAUAUAUGAUGUGAUUUUUAUUUUUAACAAUCAAAAUUGUUAUACCUUCUUUACUUGUAGGGGUGACACAUUUUUCUUCAUUUAAUAUGGAGUUCUGAUGUCAAUGAGCUCUCUCCCUCAACUCUUGAGGUGGAUGUUUCUUCGAUUUCCUUCUUUGAUAUUGAAUGUCUCUCAACCUCUGAAUUCUCAUGUACUUGAAACAAAGAGUUUCCAUUCUUGCAUUUUUCGUUACUUUGCAUUGAGGGUGAAUCUUUAUGAAGCUUGGCCAACUUACUUCAUAACUUCUUGGCAUCUUUGUAUUCACCUAUAUUGCACAAAAUAUUAUUAGACAAAAUAUUAACUAGUAAUCUAGUUACCUUAUCACGAGCCUAAGAUUUUUGAACUUGAUCUUCAGUCCAUUUCUUUCUCUUGAGGAGUUUUCCUUUAUUAUCCAUUGGAGCUUCAAAUCCCUCCAUUCGAGCAAACCAUUGCUCUAUGUUCAUCAUCAAAAAGUUCUCCAUCCUUGAUUUUCAAAGACCAAAGCUUUCCGUUCUAAACGAUGGAGGUAAUUGGAUGUCAAAUUCGAAUCUAUCUCGGGGAUCUAUUUGCAUACUUGAGCUCCUUUGAGGAUUUGUCCAAUGACUUGUUGAUAUUGAAGUGCUUCAAGAAUAUAGCUUCUUCUUCUUCCACUAGCUCUUUGUUCCUUCUGGCAAUUAGUCUAAUGAAGAGUAGUCUUUCUCUGAUACCAUUUGUUGGGAUACGUAUAAGCUAGAGGGGGAGGGGUUAAUAGCUUCAAUCAUUUCUUUUUGUUCCUUUGUACUCGUCGUCAAAUACACAACGGAUAUUCAAUGUUGGUGCAAUCUUGCUCUAGGCAUUGUUUACUUUUUGAUGUUUGGUUAAAUAAGUUUAAGUUAAGCAAGUUUGGCUAAAAUAAAUGUUGAGGAAGCAGGUACAAAGGAAAGUCCAAGUAUGAAGACUUGGCAAGGAAAGUCCAAGAAGAUAGUCUUGGUGGAUGAAGCCCUAGAGCGUGGCUCUUGGUGAUGAAGUCCAGUAGGUGUGGCCUCUUGGCAAAAGAAGACUUAGCAUGAUGAAGCCACAGGAAGCACUUGAAGGCAAGCACAAGAAUGGGGAGUCAUGGGCUCGGAAGCAUCCUAAGGGCAUUAGACUGAUGGAAGAUGUUUGAAGGUAUAAGUCUAGGCUAAGGGGUUGUUUCAAGUAUGAAAGAUUAUGUUUGAAUUGCUGCUCUCUCACAUUAAGAAGUAUCAGUCGACUAGUACUCACACCAGUCAACUGAUACCCAAUUCUAAAAUGAACAAAGAGUUGCAACAUACUACCAGUCGACUGGUACAUAUACUAGUCGAUUGGUAUAAUGUCGUUGGGCUGAUGACACCGAAUUCUCGCACAUUUUGUAAAGAACAGUAGUCAUUACUUGUUACCACUCGACUGAUCCAUAUAUCAGUCGACUGGUGAUCAAGGUUUUCAACUUUAAAUAUAAAAUGCUUGAGAGCUUGGAGAGAAGACAUUUAUUCAUACAAAAACAUUGUUAAGCUCUCUAAGUGAUCUCCAAGCUUGCACAACUCUCAAUCUCUUCCUCCUAAGUUCAUCCUCCAUCUUAUAAGAGGAAGAGAUCAUCUUAUAAAGGUUUCUCCACCUUUGUACUUGAUUUGAGAAGGAGAAGAUCAUAGUGAAGUUUGAUUGUGUGUGUACGUGCCUUGGAUCAGUCAUCUCAAGGAGGUGGAGACCAAGUAAAUCGAGGAGUUAGCAUUACCUUCUCAUUACUUCGUUAUUUCAUUUCCAUUGGUUUUACUUCUGCUAACAAUUUGUAGGUAGAAAUCAAAGAAAAGUUAUUCACCCCCUUCUAGCCAGAUGCAAAGGUUCUAACAAGUGAUAUCAAAGCCCGGAUCGUCUCGGAAGAACUCACCGUCAACCGAAACAUCAAAAUGACAUUUCAAGAGGGAUAUAAUACUGCUCGACCACCUUUCUUUGAUGGCAAUGAUUUCACAUAUUGGAAAGGUAGGAUGGAGUAUUAAUUAAUGAAUGAUAUUGAAAAUUGGUUUAGUAUUGUAGAUGGAUUUGAAAAACUAAAGGAUGAGUUUGGAGUACCUCUUCCAACCAAGGAUUGGACAAAAGAGAUGUUAAAGAAGGCUCAAGCAAACGCAAAGGUCACAACAACCCUACAAUGUGGACUCUCUAAGGAGAAAUUAAACAAACUAGGAUCAUUCAACUCCACCAAAGAGGUUUGGGAAAAGCUCAUUGAGUUAAAUGAAGGAUCGAGCGAAUCAAGAAGAGGCAAGAAAGAUCUAUUGGUAGGCUAACUUCAAAUUUUCACCAUGAGGACCAAUGAGACCGUGAGUCAAAUGCAUAGUAGAUUCAAGGAGAUAGCAAAUGUGUUUCAUGUAAUAGGUAAGAAAAUUGACAACCAGGAUCUAGUAAGGUAUGUUCUUCAAUCCUUCAUAGAACUACCUUAUAGGCAUCAAAAGUUGAUGCAUAUAAGGUUUCUAGAGAUCUCUCCUUAGUUAAGAUUGAUGAAUUAUUUUGUGAAUUUAAACUUCAUGAACAAGCUAAUAUGUCUUCAAAAGAGAAUAGUAUAACUCUCAUUGUAGAGAAGAAAGAGAAGAAGAAGAAGAAAGAAAAGAAGGAGCAAUUCUCAUCAUCUAAAUCCGAACAAGAGUCAUCGGAUAGCGAUGAAGAAAUGUCGGCUAGUGAAGUGACUCAUUAUGUUAAGAAGCUAAUGGGAAUAACAAGGAGAUUCACAAGGAAGGCUGUGAAGAAGAUGUUUCAACUUUCAAAAGGUAAAAGCAGUCAAAGUUCAAGCUUUAACACUAAUAUCAUUUGUUAUGGAUGCAACAAGAAAGAACACAUCAAGCUAAAUUGCUUAGAAUUGAAGAAGAAAGAAGAAAAGGAGAAGAAAAAGAAGGAGAAAAAUAAGGAGGAGGCCAUAGUGGCCCAAGCUACAUGGGACACACCAAGCAUUGACUCAUCGGAUGAAGAUGAGCUAUGACAUGUCACUUGAUACAUGACAUUUAUGACUCUUGAAAAUGACAAGGAAGCUUCAAGUGAGGAGGAAGCUUCAAGUGAAGAGGGAUCAAGUGAUAAAUCGUUAUCUAGUGAUGAUGAGGUAUAAGAAAAGAAGGAUUCAAACAUGUGGAUUGUGGAUAACGGUUGCUCAAUACAUAUGACCGGUGAUAUGAGCAAGUUCUCCACAAUUAACUACAUAAAGAAAGAAAUGGUAUCAUUUGGAAAUAGUGGGAACCUCAAGAUUAUAGGUAGAAGUACCAUUGAGGUAUCACAUACAAUCACCAUUCAUAAAGUACUUCUAGUUAAGAAUAUGGAAUUCAAUUUGCUUAGUAUUAGCCAAUUGUGUGAUACUGGAUAUAAUGUAGAGUUUCACUCAAAUAAAUAUUUGGUUAAAUAUAAUAGCUUGAAAAAUGUUAUGUUGGAAGGGUAUAGGAAAACAAACUUUUAUUAUGUCAAUCUUUUCUAUGCUUCUAAUAUUUCUACUAAGUGUGUCAUAUCAAAAGAAGAAGAAGGAUGGUUAUGGCAUAAAGACUUGAAUAUAUCAACAUGAAGAACAUAGCCAAGGUAGCCAAAAUGAAGUUGAUGAAAGGACUACUAAAGGUCAAAUAUGUCAAGAACAAGAUGUGUGAUGCCUGCCAAGAGGGCAAGCAAUCUAAGUCAUCACACAAAGGGGAUGUGUCUACUAACCUUGGCGGUGUCACUGCCGGCGCUCAAACCGCCGCCGUGCGGCCGCAACACGGCCGAUCCUUCUUGCUCCGCCAAGGCAACGCCGCUGCAUCUCGGAGUCUUCUUCUGCGCGCUCUACAUUAUCGCCGUCGGCACCGGCGGCACCAAGCCCAACAUCUCCACCAUCGGCGCAGACCAGUUCGAUGAGUUCCAUCCCCGCGAGCGCGCCCACAAGCUCUCCUUCUUCAACUGGUGGAUGUUCAGCAUCUUCUUCGGCACCCUCUUCGCCAACACCGUCCUCGUGUUCAUCCAGGACAACGUCGGAUGGACGCUCGGCUACGCUCUCCCCACCCUCGGUCUCGCCGUCUCCAUCUCCGUCUUUAUCGCCGGCACCCCCUUCUACCGCCACAGGAUCCCCGUCGGCAGCCCCUUCACCAAGAUGGCCAGGGUCCUGGUAGCCGCCGCCCGGAAGUGCACCGUACGGUCGCCCGGCGACCCCAGGGAGCUGCAUGAGCUCGAUCUCAACGCGUAUACGGAGCCCGGCAAAUAUCGCAUCGAUUCCACGCCAACUUUGAGAGUUCUGAAUAAAGCGGCGGUGAAGACCGGUCCGUCGAAUCCAUGGGCGCUUUGCACGGUGACACAAGUGGAAGAGACGAAGCAGAUGCUGCGCAUGAUCCCCGUCCUCAUUACCACCUUCGUCCCCAGCACAAUCAACGCCCAAAUCAACACCCUGUUCGUGAAGCAGGGCACCACCCUUGACCGUCACAUCGGCCCCAACUUCAAAAUCCCCCCGGCGAGCCUCGUCGCCUUCGUCACGCUCUCCAUGCUGGUCAGCGUCGUCCUCUACGACCGAUACUUCGUCCCGUUCAUGCGUGGGCUCACCGGGAACCCCCGCGGUAUCUCGCUGCUGCAGCGCAUGGGCACGGGGAUGGCGAUCCACAUCGUGAUCAUGUCGGUGGCGUCGCUGACGGAGCGACGGCGACUGGCUGCGGCGCGGGAGAACGGCCUAGUGGAGAGCGGCGCUGGAGUGCCGCUCACCAUCUUCAUCCUGCUACCGCAGUUCGCGCUGAUGGGGGUGGCGGACGCAUUCCUGGAGGUGGCCAAGCUGGAGUUUUUCUACGACCAGGCCCCGGAGGGGAUGAAGAGCCUGGGGACGUCCUACGCCAUGACCAGCCUCGGCAUCGGCAACUUCCUCAGCAGCUUCCUGCUUUCCACCGUGGAACGCAUCACCAGGCAGCGCGGGCACGGCUGGAUACUGAACAACUUGAACGCCUCGCACCUCGAUUACUACUACGCCUUCUUCGUCGUGCUCGAUUUCCUCAACUUCGCCUUGUUUUGCCUGGUUAGCCGGUUCUACGUUUACAGGGCAGAGACGCAACAGGAGGAGGAUGCAUGAUGAGGGCCAAGGAUGCAUUGAUAUAAAACUUUUCCGUCAAUGGUUAAGAUCAGUGUGGCGCCGGGAGGAGUUUGGAGAAUUAAGUCCCUCUUCAUCAUAAGUAUUACCUCUGCUCAUCAUCAGAAUGAAGAGCCUAGACUUUAGACUUAUUUUGUCAAGUUCUUGAAAGGCGUGUAAUGCGUCCAACAUCCUCUUCCUCGUUGGCCAACCUGUGUGGACUAGCACGUACGUCGUUCCGAUCAAAUACAUUAGAUGGUCUAGCCAUAGUCAACUAACGUACUGCCCCAUGUACUUUUCAAAGAUCACUAGUGAAGGAGAUAAAAUGACCUAAAAGACACUUUAAAAUAGGAUUAGAUUGGUAUCGAAAAGAUCCUAAUAGGCUACCUCGACACAUAAAUUAGAUUUUACUUGAAGUAGUAUACUGAAGAAGAAGAUAAUGGAGAUGAAGAAAAAGAAGAUAUGGUGGAAUUGUAAAGCGUUCAACUCCUUUGCAUUUACUUUCUUUAGGAUUUAUAUAACUCUUAGAAAAGUAUCUUCAUAUCAUAUGCUUUAGAUGUCGCACGUUUUUCCAUUAUCAUUGUAUACAUUUAUGAGGGAUCCAAAUCUUCCAUUAUCAUUCUCUUA